AUUUAUUUAGAGUAUAUAAAGAAACAACUAUAUUGAUCCAUUAUUACAUGAAACCGAAGUUCUAUUACCCCCAAACAUUAUUUUGCAUCCUCUUCGUCUCUGCUAACCGCAUCCGCCAUGACUUAUGAGUUAGAAGAGUUAGAAGGACACGAGCAUCUUGUUUCCCGCGUUAAACAUCAUGAUGGUCUGGAAUGCGAUGCUUGUGAUCGAUUGAAUGUUGAUGGCUAUUCAUGCAGCGAAUGCAAGUUUAAUAUUCAUGUAGCAUGUACAUUUGUGUUCGAUAAACAAGAGAUAGUCGACCACCCUUCUCAUGAUGGACAUUCUCUUAAGCUUCUUACAACUGGAGCUCCUGAUCACACAGAUCCAAAAUGUCAUCUCUGCGGUAAUAACACCAAGCGCCUUCUUUUUCAUUGCUCUGUUUGUCAACUCAAUUUGGACAUUUUUUGCAUAGCUGAUCACCUAUUAGGCCCAGAAUAUCUGAAUAUGCCAUGGCACCCCCAUCCUCUACUAUGUUUUGAUUUUGGAUCUAGAAAUUGGUGCGACUUUUGUAACGAGAAUUAUGAAGGACAAGGUUACCUCUGCUAUCGUUGCGGGUUGAGGAUUCAUGAGAAAUGUGUAGUUGAAUUACAAGAGAUCACUCAACACCCUUCUCAUGUCAGGCACCCUCUUAAGCUUCUCACCAGUGGAGCUCCAAAUUACACAAACCCAAGAUGUCAUAUAUGUGGAGAGGACACUGGAAACUUACUUUAUCAUUGUGAUAUUUGUAAGUUCAAUUUGGAUUUGCAGUGUGCGAUAAAAAGCUCUCCACCCGUUGCUCUUUCAAAUAUGAAGGUCCAUGAGCAUACACUCACACUCAUGCCAAAAUUGAUCUCCUUCGUUUGUGAUGCUUGUGGAACAAAAGGCGAUCGUUCUCCUUACAUAUGUGUACAAUGUGAUUUCAUGACCUUCCAUCAAAAGUGUGCUCGUUUACCACGUGUCAUUCAUGUCAAUCACCAUGACCACCGAGUUUCCUUCAAGUAUCCUCUUGGUCCUGGAGAUUGGAGAUGUGGAGUUUGUUGGGAUGAGAUUGAUUGGUCAUACGGGGCUUACUCAUGUUCUCUUUGUUCUCGUUAUGCUAUUCAUUCACUAUGUGCAACAAGAGAUGACGUGUGGGAUGGGGAAGAGCUUGAUGGAGUACCUGAAGAAAUUGAAGACAUCGAGCCAUUCAAGAGGAAUGAUGACAACACAAUCGAUCAUUUCUCUCAUCGACAUAACCACAUGAGCCUCGACAAAGGUGGUGAAGAAAGUAGCUUCUGUAAAGCAUGUGCUCAUCCCAUCGGUUCUUCUUCCUCACUCUACAAGUGUUCAGAAUGCAGUUUCAUUCUUCAUGAAACAUGUGCUAAUCUUCCGAUGAAGAAGCGACAUUUUCUGAGCCCACAACCACUGACUCUUAGCUAUCAUCGCCUUCAACGCCGUUGGGGAGUAGAAAUUUGCGAAGCUUGUCAGCAAAUUUUUUGCAAAGGAUUCAUCUACUCGUCGUAUUUAGAAGAGAACUUUGACUUACCAUGCAGUUCAAUUACUGUGCCUUUUAUCCAUGGAAGUCAUGAUCAUCAUUUACUCUACCUCAAACUAGAAAACGGUAACGUGAAGACUUGCCAGGGUUGCGGUAUCGAUGAAAAAAGAGUCGCCAUAGGUUGUACCAAAUGCAAUUAUUUUUUGGAUUUCCGCUGUGCCACUCUACCAUUAACGGUAACACUUUCCAGGUACGAUGAUCAUCCACUCACUCUUUGUUAUGGUGACGAAAAAGCAAGCGGCAAAUAUUGGUGUGAUAUUUGUGAAAGAGAGACCAAUCCAAAAACUUGGUUCUACACUUGUAACGAUUGCGGGGUCACUUUACAUGUUUUGUGUGUAGUUGGAGAUGUUAGAUACGCCAAACCAAAAGCAAUGAUCGAGUACUAUAUAGAAUUGCUGUCAAACAAUAGCUCUUCAAGACCAUUUUGCCACAACUGCUAUUGUCGCUGCCCAGGCCCCUUCAUUCUUAGGAUAAGAAAGCAACAUGACGCCCAUCUUGGUGGAGAAUAUUACAUAUUCUUUUGUUCUUAUUAUUGUUACAUAAUCACCAAAAGUAAGAAGGAGUACUCCAAAAUUAAGUUGAGAUGUCCUCCUUGGAGAAGUGGACAUCAAAGCCAAUUGAUGGAGUUGCAAAACGACCAGUAAACUGAUUUGUGUUUUCUUUCUUUUUUAGUUUAAUUAUGUUAUUUGCUUCAAUUAGAAAUAAGAUGAGAAUCUGUUCUCCUUAUGUUUAGGAUCAGAGCCAUCUCGUUCAUAUUUUCCUUGCUUGUAGUUGUUGGAGCUACGACUCCACUUUGCUUCCUGUUUUGUCUGUUUCUAAAAAAAAAAGGCAAUCUUAAUUGCCAAACAAAGUGUUAUUGUGUUCUUACUCUAAAAGCUUUGGUAGAGAUCAAAGCUAACACCAAUACUUGGC